AGCCACAAUGGCAACGUCAUCCGAAGAAGUGUUACUGAUUGUAAAGAAGGUACGUCAGAAGAAGCAGGAUGGAGCUCUCUACCUUAUGGCUGAAAGGAUAGCAUGGGCACCUGAAGGCAAAGACCGAUUCACAGUCAGCCAUAUGUAUGCCGACAUAAAAUGCCAGAAAAUCAGUCCAGAAGGUAAAGCUAAAAUUCAGCUUCAGCUAGUAUUGCAUGCAGGGGACACAACCAACUUUCACUUCUCCAAUGAAAGCACAGCAGUGAAGGAGCGAGAUGCAGUAAAGGAUCUUCUUCAACAACUGUUGCCCAAGUUCAAAAGGAAAGCCAAUAAAGAACUUGAGGAGAAGAACAGAAUGCUGCAAGAAGAUCCUGUUUUGUUUCAGCUCUAUAAAGACCUUGUUGUGAGCCAAGUAAUCAGUGCUGAAGAAUUCUGGGCCAACCGUUUAAGUCUGAAUGCAGGGGAUAAUUCUGCAGCACCUAGUAAGCAGGAUGUGGGCAUUUCUGCAGCAUUUCUGGCUGAUGUACGGCCUCAAACAGAUGGCUGCAAUGGUCUGAGGUAUAACUUGACUUCAGAUAUCAUUGAAUCCAUAUUUCGAACAUAUCCUGCAGUAAAAAUGAAAUAUGCAGAAAAUGUUCCACAUAACAUGACCGAGAGGGAAUUCUGGACGCGAUUUUUUCAGUCUCAUUAUUUCCAUCGGGACAGGCUCAACACAGGCUCAAAGGACCUCUUUGCGGAAUGUGCCAAACUGGAUGAAAAAGGGUUAAAAGCAAUGGUGUCUCAAGGAGUGAAAAACCCUCUGAUAGAUUUAACAGCUUUGGAAGAUAAAACGCUAGAUGAAGGCUAUGGUGUUGCUUCUGUGGCCUCUACAUCAAAUGCCUCAAAAUCCGCUAGAGAAAGUAGCAAUGCUGCCAUUAUAAAACGCUUUAAUCAUCAUAGUGCCAUGGUCCUUGCAGCUGGCCUCAGGAAACAAGAAGCACAAAAUGACCAUUACAGUGAGACCAGCAGUACGGAUGGAAACUCCAGGGAUUCAGAUUUCUUUCAGCCACCAAUGAAAAAGGUGAAGCUGCAGGAGUCCAUUGAAUAUGAAGAUUUAGAAAAGAAUAAUAGCGUUAAAACUAUUGCACUAAACUUAAAGUCUGAUAGGUAUUAUCAUGGUCCAACUCCAAUUCAAUCACAGCAAUAUGCAACCAGUCAGGAUAUAAUUAAUUCUUUUCAUAGUAUUAGGCAAGAAAUGGAAUCAUAUGUACCCAAACUAACUCAGGUUCUUUCAAGUGGUGAUGCUACUAGCACUAUUGCAGUCCUGUCACCUGGAGGAGCACUUAUGCAGGGUGGAACACAGCAAGCCAUAAACCAGAUGGUGCCAAAUGACGUUCAGUCUGAACUAAAACACUUGUAUGUGGCAGUGGGGGAACUGCUACGACACUUCUGGUCCUGCUUUCCUGUUAACACGCCAUUCCUAGAAGAAAAGGUUGUGAAAAUGAGGAGCAACUUGGAAAGAUUUCAGGUUACAAAGCUCUGCCCAUUCCAAGAAAAGAUUCGGAGACAGUAUUUAAGCACAAAUUUGGUAAGUCAUAUAGAAGAGAUGCUGCAGACGGCCUACAAUAAGUUCCAUACGUGGCAGUCCCGGCGUAUGCUGAAGAAGACGUGAAAAUGCAUGCUGUACAGGUUUGAGAGCAAAAUCUGCAAUAGGUAUAGGAGUACAACCUAGCAUAUGUGCAGAUCUUAUAGUUGUUGCAGGAAGACCUGCAAGCUGUGGACUUCUGGAAACGAUGCUAACUGAACUUGCACAUUUUUGAAAAAGAACUGAGAUUAAACUUGAAAACUAGGGAGAAAAACAAGGAAGAACCAAAACAGGAGAGCUGAGGCGCAAAAAUAUUUAAAAGACACUGUUUACUGCAGUUACUCAGGAACUGCUUUUGAUUUGCAUAAAGAGCUGCUUUCAGAAAUAAAAAAUUUAAAGAGGGUGUAUUAAUAAAA